AUGGAAGUGGAAACCACUGAACCUGAGCCAGAUUGUGUAGUACAGCCUCCUUCUCCUGAUGAAUUUUCAUGCCCAGUGAGACUCUCUGAAAAGAUCACUCCAUUGAAGACUUGUUUUAAGAAAAAAGAUCAGAAGAGGUUGGGAACUGGAACCUUGAGGUCUUUGAGGCCAAUAUUAAACACUUUGUUAGAAUCUGGCUCACUUGAUGGGGUUUUUAGAUCUAGAAACCAGAGUGCAGAAGAGAGCAGCUUACAUGAACCUAUGGUGAAGAAACCCUUGGAAAUCAACACAUCAUGUCCACCUACUGAAAACAGUAUGUCUGUCCUGAUUCCUGAUGGGACAAAUGUUGGGGGCCAGAUGCCAGAAGCCCCUCCUCCCACUGAUGCUCCAGAGCAGGUGGUUCCAAUCCAGGAUCAUAACUUUCCACCAGAAACCAUCAGUGGGACAGUGGCAGAUUCUACAGCAGGGCACUUCCAGACUGACAUUUUGCACCCAGUUUCAAGUGAUGUUCCUGCUAGUCCUGACUGCAUAGACAAAGUCAUGGAUUAUGUUCCAGGGGUUUUCCAAGACAACAGUUUUACAAUCCAGUACAUUUUGAACACCAGUGACAAGUUGAGUACCGAGCUCUUUCAGGACAAAAGUGAGGAGGCCUCCCUUGACCUUGUGUUUGAGCUGGUGAACCAGCUACAGUACCACACUCACCAAGAGAAUGGAAUUGAAAUUUGCAUGGACUUUUUGCAAGGCACUUGUAUUUAUGGCAGGGAUUGUUUGAAGCACCACACGAUCUUGCCAUAUCACUGGCAGAUCAAGAGGACAACUACGCAAAAGUGGCAGAGUGUAUCCAAUGACUCCCAGGAGCACUUGGAAAGAUUUUACUGUAACCCAGAAAAUGAUAGAAUGAGAAUGAAGUAUGGAGGACAAGAAUUUUGGGCAGAUUUGAAUGCCAUGAAUGUGUAUGAAACAGCUGAAUUUGACCAACUACGAAGGCUGUCCACACCACCCUCUAGCAAUGUCAACUCUCUUUACCACACAGUCUGGAAAUUCUUCUGUAGGGACCACUUUGGAUGGAGGGAGUAUCCUGAGUCUGUUAUUCGAUUGAUUGAAGAAGCCAACUCUCGAGGUUUGAAAGAAGUCCGAUUUAUGAUGUGGAACAACCACUACAUUCUCCACAACUCAUUCUUCAGAAGAGAAAUAAAAAGGAGACCCCUUUUCCGUUCCUGUUUUAUACUGCUUCCAUAUUUACAGACACUUGGUGGUGUUCCCACACAGGCUCCUCCACCUCUUGAAGCAACCUCCUCAUCACAGAUCAUCUGCCCAGAUGGGGUCACCUCAGCAAACUUUUACCCUGAAACUUGGGUUUAUAUGCAUCCUUCUCAGGACUUCAUUCAAGUGCCUGUUUCUGCAGAGGACAAAAGUUACCGAAUCAUCUAUAAUCUUUUUCAUAAGACUGUGCCGGAGUUUAAAUAUAGAAUUUUGCAAAUAUUGAGAGUCCAAAAUCAGUUUCUUUGGGAGAAAUAUAAAAGGAAAAAGGAAUAUAUGAACCGGAAAAUGUUUGGCCGUGACAGAAUAAUAAAUGAGAGACAUUUAUUUCAUGGAACAUCCCAGGAUGUGGUAGAUGGGAUCUGCAAGCACAACUUUGACCCGCGAGUCUGUGGAAAGCAUGCUACAAUGUUUGGACAGGGCAGUUACUUUGCAAAGAAGGCAAGCUACUCUCAUAACUUUUCUAAGAAGUCCUCCAAAGGAGUCCAUUUCAUGUUUCUGGCUAAAGUGCUAACUGGCAGAUACACGAUGGGCAGUCACGGCAUGAGAAGGCCCCCUCCCGUCAACCCUGGCAGCGUCACCAGUGACCUGUAUGACUCUUGUGUCGAUAAUUUCUUUGAGCCUCAAAUUUUUGUCAUUUUUAAUGAUGACCAGAGUUACCCUUAUUUUGUUAUCCAAUAUGAAGAAGUCAGUAACACUGUUUCCAUUUGA